UACCAGGCGCCAUGCAACUGUCAUUUUAAUUACUCGUUCUGAUCGCAGUUGCCGCUUGACGGCGGUUGUCAAAUUUUGUUCGUCGGGUGUGUGUUAUUAUCUACAACAACAACAACCACUAUUUAACACAGAUGAUUUAAAAACAGCUGAUAAUUGUAUUUAAUCGUAGUUCAACGAUUUUUUCAGUACAUUUGUGUUUCAAAACGCCAUUGUUUUAAUUCAUCAAUCUACAGCAAUAGUUCAGGAAGUGUCUAGCAUUUGAUAGUCUGUCUGAUAUUUGCGAUCGCGGUUAGCGGAAAACAUUAUCAAUAUUGUAACAUCUCGAAGCAACUGUGUCAGAUUGGCUGCCACUUUCACGGUAACAGAUGACCACGAUGGCUCGCGCUGGAUUUCGCAUUGCCUUGCUACAGUUGAAAGUAGGUGCAAGCAAGGCACAAAACAUCGAAAACGCUUUGGCCAAAAUACGGUUUGCCGCAGUGGACAAAGGUGCCCGUGUGGUAGCACUGCCAGAAUGUUUCAACUCACCGUACGGAACGCAACACUUUCCAGCAUAUGCAGAAGAAAUCCCAACCGGCGAAACAAGCCGCAGCCUAGCAGCGAUAGCGAAGGAGCUCGGCAUUUACCUUAUCGGCGGAACGAUUCCGGAGAAGUGUACAACGGAUAACAAACUGUACAACACCUGCACCGUAUGGUCACCGGACGGUGCCCUUAUGGCGACGUACCGCAAAAUCCAUCUUUUCGACAUUAACAUACCAGGCGGGAUCACGUUCCGUGAAUCGGACGUCCUGACGGGCGGUAGCGACCUAGCGACGGUUUCCAUCGAGGGUGCGAAAAUUGGCAUCGGCAUUUGCUACGACAUACGGUUCGAUGAGCUAGCGCGACUGUACCGCAAUCAGGGGUGCGAUAUGCUAAUCUACCCAGGUGCAUUCAACAUGAAGACCGGUCCGUUGCAUUGGGAGUUGCUUGCCCGAGGCCGUGCGAACGAUACGCAGUCGUACGUGGCGACCAUUUCACCGGCACGCGACCCUUCCGCUGGAUACGUUGCCUGGGGCCACUCGAUGGUGGUCGAUCCGUGGGCAAAGGUUAUCGUGGAAGCUAACGAAGACGAAGCAACAGUUAUCACGGACGUGAAUCUCCAGACGGUGGAUGAAGUGCGGGCACAGAUUCCGAUAUUCAGCCAACGCCGAACGGACCUCUAUAAAACGGAACCACUUGGAAAAUAGCGUAUGUAGUACGCGUACCGAAUAUUUGCCAUUUUAUGUAAAAAAAACUGUUGAAAAUAAACCUAAACGCUAUAUGGCUA